CUGCCCACGGCCUCACUCCUGCUACAGCAGCCGCCAUACACGCACACACAAGACCUCCUACAAGAACUGUAUUGCAUGAAUAGUGUGUUUCUGUCAGUUGAAAUGCGGGUCCUCACUGUAGUGUUGAUUUGUGUGGCGGUGACAUCAUCGUUGUGUCAUGGGGACAGCAGUAGCAGCAGCAACAGCACCACAGUUUACAUUAACAGCCUCAACAGCAGUACCACAACUGGUAUUGAGAGUAGCAGAAACACCGCUCUGAUACUAACAGCAGUUUUAGUGGAGUGGUGGAGAAAGAGCGCAACAUGGAGAACCAUCCCGCGCAAGCCUCCACGCCCAAGAAUCGCUUCCAUGUCUCUUCGUUCUUCAACACUCCCGUCGCCUCAAACUUGGUCAACCUCAUCACUAACGCCAUGAAGAGCCGCUCGCAGGCCACGGCAGCGAUUAACACGACUUUGGAGAAGCAAGACGAAGGCAGUGGAGGAGGUGAUGAGUUAAACCCAGCCACCACGACAGAGGAGAACCAGUCAUCCAACGCCUCACACGUCGGGCAAGAAGCUUUCUUGCCCGCCUCCCCUGAACAGUUUGGCAACCUUGGUACUGGAAGCAAGUUUGUGGACCUGUUGCCAGAUAUCUCCGAGUAUUCCAUCGAGACCGACAGCCUCGCGCAGUAUGCUGGUGCUGGGGCCAUGGCCCUAGUGGCCCUAGGGGCCAUUCUCGCUGUCCCCGUGGCCCCCAUCAUCCUCAGGCGGACAGGGACCAGUGGCUGGGCAGGCAUACCCAGCUGGAGCAACUUACUCAACUGGUGGAGUUCUCCAGACCCCACAGCCGAGGCUUGGGCAGACAACUACUACCAAGGGUACAACGACGAAUACCCUGCCGAGGCGUACCCUGGCGGAGACGAGCACUACUACGGGUACGACCCCAGCGUGAGUGGCAGCAACGUUGACCCCCAGGUCGUGUCCUACCACAGUGGCAACACCCAGGUCUCUGGCUCCCCAGGCAAGGCACCCCCUGCCUACCACAACACACACACACCCACCUUCCAAAACAACCUCCCCCAGUCCUACGCCCCCAACAAACACCAUCCUCGUCCUCACAGACGUCAAGACAACAAGAAAACACAGAAUGUGGAUGGAUACGAAUACGUCACUUUAGAACAGUAA